GAUUUAAAUUAAUUUCAAACAGGUGCCUAUACCUCUCUAAACAUAUAUACACUCCACAAAUUUUUUGUUUUACCUGCAAAGUCUCUAAUUGUGUGGUUUGGUUCGGUUCACCCGGAAUAGGAAAUUACCAAGUCUGAUUUCGUUAAAUUUUAAAUUAUUUUAAAACAUAACGAUUAAGGACUUCAACGAGGAUUUUAAUACUUAAUAAAUUCUAAACUUCACGAAUUUUCCUUGAUGUGGACAAGUAAAAGUCAUAAAAAGUGCAGUUAAUUAGUAUGCCCAUCAAAGCUUGCGCGAGCCAUGGCAUUUGUGGCACUCAACGACCCUUCCGCACCCAUUGAAAAUGUUAUUGCAAAAUCUCUUGAUGAUUCGGGAUACAAAAAAUGCUCAGGAGAAAUUAAGACUCAUUUCAAAAUUGAAACACCCGCCACGGUAACCACGCCCCUACGAAUGGCAGAAAAUGAUGACGAAAUUGAGGCCCAAAAUCAAGAUAUGGAAGCCAAUGGAUUAUCAACUUUAUGUAAACCACUCAUCCGACAUCGGAAAAUUGCUGGAAUUUGUUUGUUCGUGGUCCUGGCAGCCGCAGUGGGAUUGGGAUUAUAUAUUUCAAGAUCGAAUGAUCCUGUCAAGAAAGAACAAGAAAGUGAAACUCAACCCGAUGACGUCCAGAAAAUACCAAAUUUGAUCAUUUCUGAAGUCUCCUCUGGCAUAAUUGAAAACUUACGUCGUCGAAAACCUGGCUACAGUCUGUCUUUUCAAGCUUCUGGCUUAUCACCUCGUGACAUAUAUGACAUUUUCGACGCCAUGAAAGACGGCGUCGUAGUUUUGACUAUUGAUUUCGACAUAUUUCUUGAAACUCAAGAAACUUGCGUUGACAUGUCGGGAUAUCUGGAUUCCGACAGUAUUAUUGAAAUGAUAAAUGUAAAAAAUAUUACCAUCUUACGGCCUAAUGUAUGUUUUUUUCAAUCAAACGUGGCCCAAUUUUUAACCUUCACUAAAAAACUGCAAAACGCGGAAAUUGGAAUUGGAGAUGACCCCAUAAUACGAAAGAUGACGGUCUGGUUAAACGAGUCUAGUCCUGGAGUCGCUAUUAAUUCGACCUGAAAGAAGGUUUUUUAAAUUCGAUGCACAUUUGCAUGUGUAUCUUACAAAUUUCCAGCUUGUUUUGUUCUGCUAAUGUCAAGGUGACAAAAGAUUAGGGGUCGCGUACGCGACCAAGUGUCAAACUUGAUUAGAUGCACGUGUAUCUACAUGUGACCUCCCCCCCAAACCCCAGUCAGUGCAAGUACAUGUAUUCAUGUUUGAAAUAAAUUUGCAUGCAUAUAGGGUUGCCGCGGGUAACGGGUCGGGUACCCGUUACCCGCAUACCCGCACGAUUCUUGCGGGUACCCGUUACCUGCGGGUAGUGAGAACUACCCGCACGGGUAACGGGUAGUUCAGUUUUUAUUUAAUUUUCUACAUAAAUCAGUUCACAAAGAAAGUUCGCAGCAAGUUAGUCCAUUUACCAACAGUAGCGUCAAUUUAUUAUUUUUCCAUUUCAAAAUUUGUCAUUUGCCAGCAAAAAGCGUUUAUAGCUAGCGUCACGUUUCGGAAGCCACACAAGCCUAUGCCAGCCUCAAAUACUUUUCACGUCCAGAAAAUGGUCAAUUAUUGUUUCUCAAGCAUAGUUUGCCUGCCCUAAAAUACAAGUAAUAAUUUGACUUGUAUUUGUGUGUCUUUAGGGGUAAGUACAUAAGGACGUCAGUCUUAUAAGACUGACCACGUUUUAAUUUGUGCUCUGAAGAUGAAAAGCCUGAAUCCGAUUGAAAGCAAAAAAUUAUUUGCAGACAAUUUUUUUGAAUGAAAACUUCAUCUAAAUUAAAAUUUGAAAAAAUCAAACUCACAACUCAACCUUUUUCAGGCUAUACCAAGAUUGCUCAACGAAUAUCAAAAAGUCAGGUAAAAAAUUAGGAAUCGCGUGAUACUCAUCUUUCUGUUGAAUGGCCCCUUCGAAGACAAAUAUUAGCGGCAAAGUUCAAUUUUUAAGUAAGUGUUCUGUGUCUUUUUCCUCCACUGGACGAAAACCAUGGUGGACUUUGAACUCUGCCCCAGCAAUAGUUUCCUCUAAAUGGGCCAUUCAACGGAAAAAUAAGUGUCAUGUAAUUCAUAUUUUGUGACUUAAUUUUUUGACAUAUGUUCAUAAAUCGCUAAGAAAUACCGGUAUAACUUGAAAAACGAUCCAAUAUAAGCCAAAAAGUUUGGUUUCGGAAAUAACGUAAGACAUCUACGAGCAAAUUAUGGCAUGCGUUACUUGCAUAGCAUUAUCUCAAAGUACAUAUAAACCAAAACGAAGAAAUAAUUGAUCAAAUCAAAUUUAUUCUGAAGCUUGGUUAGUUUUUAACUUAAUUCUCAUAACGGGUAGCGGGUAGCGGGUACCCGCACGGGUACCCGUGCGGGUACGGGUAGUUCUGCUGCGGGUAGCGGGUCGGGUAACGGGUAGCAUUUUCGCUACCCGCGGCAACCCUACAUGCAUAUGUAUUAAAGUUGAGGCGAUGCGCUCCAUCGUUUAGCUACAGUGAUAUAAUAAGUAUGUCUUGUGCAUUUAUGUACACAAAGCUAUCGUCACGCAGCUUUAAAUGCAUACACAUGUACGUUGAGCUUGAUAAGCAGUUUGAUAAGGACGAAUAGUUAUACAUAUUCAUGUAUGUAUGGCUAUCUUUAACGUGAUCUAUGGAUCGUUGCCAAAACCAAACUUUUGGACAAUGAGAAUUUGAGAUUCGGCAAAUUAACUGUUAAUAAUUUUGACCAUUCGGUUCUGUAUAAUUUGCAAUAAGUAAAUUUGGUUGUUUUAAAUCCUGCCAAUAUGAUUAGUCCAAUUUGGCAGCGAUUCAAAUUUACCUAAUUCACAAAAGAAGUUUUUAGUCUCCAAUUGCAUGCAUAAAUGUAAAAUUUUUCUUUCUCUUAUAGAACUGUUGAAUUUGUGGUUUGGUUCUGUUCGCUCAUAAAGAAUUUGCAAUUAGGUUUUUUGUAAUGUUUAAACUCUUUUUGAUUGCAAUUGUUUUGUCUUUUCACAUCAUCGUUGUUCUUAAUCGAUAACUUUAAUAUUUACUGAAACCUAGAGUUCACGCAUUUUUCUUGGUCAGGCAAGCAAAAGGUAUAAACGUUUACCUAAAUAAGUUGACUCAAUGCAAAAAAUGAAGAAUCAAUUGCGAAACUAAUAUACAUAGUGUGUACCUAGAUAUUUGUAAAAUCUAGGGUAAUAUUAAACUGACUGUUUAUUAAUUUUUGCAAUAUUAUCAAUAAAAUUGAUGACCAAUUCGUCGAAAGAAAAAAAA